CAAAGAAAAAGCGCAACCCCGGCCCGCAUUAGGCAGACUCGUUUUUGCAGCCGUUUUUUUUGCUUUCCCAAGUCCUGCCAGAACACAGCCAGGCCCCUCGGCUCCCCGCUUUUCCGUGCUUAGCCGCCGACCCUCCCUACUCAACACCCCCCACCAUGGGCCUCAAACUCUCUAACUUUUUGAGCGAUCCCUUCGCCAUCACCACCGUGUGCUUCGGCGUCAUUGCCUGGAUCAUCGCCAUAGCCGGGGCCGGCGCCAGCGGCUCGGCCACGUAUCUCCGCUUCACGUGGUGGGGCCUUGUCUACGAGAUUCUCUUGAUCAUAGGCAUAUUCCUCUUGUACCUCAACAACAACAUCGAGUUGUACAAGUUCACGCUCGUGGGGCUCUUGUCCGUGGCCAUCGUGUACACCACCAACUCGACCAACACGCUUGUCUACAACCUGAGCUCGGCGGCAAACUUGACCUGCGCCGCCGGCUGCAUCUUGCUCCUGAUGUUGAACAUCUUGUGGGUGGUGUACUUCGGCGGCCACCCCGAGUCGCCCACAAACCAGUUCAUCGACUCGUUCUCCACGAAGAACAACACCUACUCGCACGGCCAGCUCCCCUCGGCCACCACCAAAGUCGACGACAACGACAACGAAUUCACCAUGCCCACCUCCACCUCGCAGGCGUUCGCCGGCGACUCGAGGCAGUCGCAUGCCACGCACAACAACAAGUCCGCGUACAUGGCGUCGUCGCACUUGAACGGCUUGGAAAACUUCUCCAACUCCCACUUGAACAGCCAGAGCGCAAGAAACACCGUGUACAACACGGGCACUGGCGCCGCCAGCCGCAUGGACGACGGCACUCUCGCGGCCCCCGUGACCACGUUCAGCUACAAGGCCAAGGCCCUCUACAGCUACGACGCGAGCCCCGAGGAUGCCAACGAGAUCUCCUUUGUCAAGGGCGAGAUCUUGGAGGUGGAUGACAUUGGCGGCAAGUGGUGGCAGGCCAAGAAGGCCGACGGGCAGGUCGGCAUAUGCCCCUCGAACUACGUGAAACUUUUGGAGUAGGGCGCUGUAUAGUAAUUGGAUUUAUAUUGAGGCACGCCGCGCCGCGGCACCCGCACGUGACAGGACGCAAUCGACGGAUGUCUGCCGACACAACUAGGCGAGACGCUCGAAGAAUAGCACAUUUGCUUCGCGGUGGAUACAGUCCGAAAGUGCUCGCUGCAUUCUGGCGCAUGCUUGCUCCAUAGCCCCUUAGCGCCGCGCACUGCAAUGCCCAGAACAUUCGGUGGUGGAGCGAGCAAAGCUUAAGCCAGAAAAAAGGAACUUUCUUGGUGAACAUCAGUGACAUGUUGUGCA